AUGGGUUCUAUUUAUCAUGCACAAGGGAAUCUUGAUUAUGCUUUAUUUUAUUUUCAAUCAGCUCUUAAUACAAAUUCAAAUGAUAAAAGAAUAUUAGGAUCAGUUUAUAAUAAUAUUGGAAUAGUUCUUAAAAGGCAAGAACAUUUUAAUGAUACUCUUAAACAUUUUCAAAAAAGUCUUCAAAUUGAUAUAAAUUUUCUUUCACGAAUACAUUCUGAUCUUGCCGAAAUAUUCGUCGUUUAUUAUUACCUCACAAUCAUCCAUAUUUAUUAG